AUGUUUGCACGUUCACCUGUUAAAAAUGUAGCCAUUGUUGCACAAACUAUGACACGUCGUAUGUCUGCAUCUGCUAAAGUAUGGAUAAAUAAAGAUACAAAAGUCAUUUGUCAAGGUUUUACCGGCAAGCAGGGUACUUUUCACUCGGAACAAGCGAUUGAGUAUGGUACAAAGAUGGUUGGUGGGGUCACUCCCAAGAAAGGCGGAUCUACUCAUUUAGGUUUACCCGUUUUCAAUACGGUAGCUGAAGCCAAGAACGAAACGGGUGCUGAUGCUUCUGUCAUUUAUGUACCACCGCCAUUCUGUGCGGCAUCGAUUAUUGAAGCUAUUGAGGCGGAGAUUCCACUCGUUGUAGCUAUUACUGAAGGUAUUCCGCAGCAAGAUAUGGUCAAGGUCAAGUGGCAUUUGCGCAACCAAAGCACUACACGUCUGAUUGGCCCCAAUUGCCCUGGUAUCAUCAAACCGGGUGAGUGCAAGAUGGGCAUCAUGCCUGGUUACAUCCACCAAAAAGGCAAAAUUGGCAUUGUCUCUCGCUCAGGCACUCUUACCUACGAGGCAGUGGCGCAGACUACGGCACUGGGCCUGGGCCAGUCAACGGUUAUAGGCAUUGGAGGUGACCCGUUCAAUGGCACCAACUUUAUUGACUGUCUUGAGCGCUUUACCAACGAUCCAGAGACAGAGGGUAUCAUUAUGGUAGGCGAGAUUGGCGGGUCAGCUGAGGAGGAGGCUGCUGAGUGGCUUAUGGCCCACGGCGACCCCAACAAGCCCGUGGUAAGCUUUAUUGCUGGUACCACGGCUCCUCCUGGACGUCGUAUGGGCCACGCUGGUGCUAUCGUGUCAGGUGGCAAGGGCACGGCUGCUGGGAAGUUUGCCGCCCUUGAGGCUGCUGGUGUCGCUGUGACGCGAUCACCUGCUCGUCUUGGUGUGACGUUGCUUGAGGAGAUGAAGAGACGGGAAUAA